ACAGCUAUCGAUAAAGAAAUUUGAAUUUCGUCCGUCUCUAAAUAUUUUGGUUAAUCGAAACGCGCACGUGUUCUUGCGUUCAAUAUUAAUAAUAUUUGAAAAUGGGAUUUGGUAAACCUCGUGGCGGCGGUGGCGGCGGCGGUAGAGGAUUUGGAGGAGGCGGUGGCGGACGAGGAUUUGGAGGAGGUGGUGGUGGACGCGGUGGCGGCGGCGGACGCGGAGGUGGCGGCGGAUUCAACCGAGGAGGAGGUGGACGUGGUGGCGGCCGUGGAGCCUUCGAUACUGGACCACCGGAGAGAGUAAUCCCCUUGGGCAACUAUGUAUACUCCUGCCAAAAUGACCUUGUGUGCAAAGUUGAUAUUCAGGAUGUUCCGUAUUUCAACGCGCCCAUUUUCCUCGAAAACAAGGAGCAAGUAGGCAAAAUCGACGAAAUCUUUGGUACAGUUCGGGACUACAGCGUGUCCAUCAAGCUGUCGGAGAACGUCUACGCCAACAGCUUCAAGCCAAAUCAGAAACUUUUUAUCGACCCUGGAAAGCUGUUACCGAUCGCCAGGUUCCUGCCGAAACCCCCACAACCAAAAGGCGCGAAGAAGGCCUUCACAAAUAACCGUGGUGGAGGCGGCGGUGGAUUUGGAGGUCGAGGUGGCGGCCGCGGAGGAGGUGGUCGCGGUGGUGGCGGCGGACGAGGUGGAGGCGGUUUCCGAGGAGGAGCUGGUCGCAAUGGUGGAGGAGGAGGUGGCGGCGGCGGAGGCGGUUUUAACAGAGGAAGAGGAGGCGGCGGUGGUGGUCGGGGUCGGUGGUAGUUUUCAGUAUCAGAUCCUUAUCAAAACAUUUAAAGUGUACAAUGACAUUGUUGUACAUGUCCAAAUAGUUUUUAAGCAAAACCUCAUCAUUUGGGUAUUGUUCGCUGACCAACCAAUCGAAUAUUGUACCAUAAAUGAUACUAAAAUAAAUUUCCUAAAAAUUUAC